ACAAGCAUUUCGCUUCAUUCUUUCAACUUCGAAGAGACUACAGUAAUUAGUUAGUCGAAUUAAAGAGCGUGGGUAAUUGCUGAAGGUUAUGAACAAUACAUGACUGGGACUGGGUGACGGAUGAAGACUCCUCCAAAGAGGCCGGGCAUCAGGUUUGAGGUGGGCGCUCAACUGCAGGCAAGAGACCGCCACAAGAACUGGUACUCAGCCACCAUUGACAAAGUCGACUACGACAAAGAGCGCGUUCUGAUCCACUACCGCCGGUGGAGCCGCCGCCACGACGAAUGGUUCCAUUGGAACUCACCAUACCUGCGGCCACUGGAAAGAGUCACUUUAAGAAGAAGGCGGGGCCUCAAUUUGCCAAGCGUGGCAACGUCAUUUGCAACCGGGACAAAGGUUUUGGCCUGUUGGACCGACUGUCGUUUCUACCCAGCCAAAAUCCUGCGUGUCAACAAAGAUGACUCCUACACCGUACGUUUCUAUGAUGGCGUGGUUCGGACAGUGAAGCCCCCUAAGGUCAAAGCCUUACAGAAAAAGUCAAAAUGUGGGAAGUCAGCUAUGGGAAGCGAAGGAUUGGAAGAAGGAGAGAGCGAGGAAGAGUGUGAGGAAGAAGAAAGAGAGGAGGAUGAGGAGGAGGAGGAAGAAGAGAAAGAGGACGAAAAGGCUGAAGGCGAGAGCGAGCCACAACCGUCUUCAUCAUCGUCAUCCUUCCCUCCACCAGCAGCCAAGAGUCUUCCUCUCUCUCCCGGUGGAAACAACGACACUCAUGAGCAGCCAAUCACAAGCGAGCUCAGCCAGCCUGCUGUCCCUUCCCACAUCGAUAAAGAUGUGCUCUUGGAGCGACAGGCCCACCUGCCCACCUCUCACAAAUUCAGCAGAGAACCACUGUACAGGGUGAUCAAGAACCAACCUCCCCCCAUCCUCUCCAUCGAACUGGACCACAAUCCCUUCAAGUGUCCAUCGGCGGGCUGCACUAAGUCCUUCCGGAAGGCCAGUCUUCUACACUACCACAUCAAGUACUACCACGCGGAGGAGCAUCAGCAGCAGGAGCAACAGCAGCAGCAACCAGAGGAACAAGGCAGUCCAGCAGUGACAGACAUGCCAAGGAGGAAGCGCUCGACUUCUGAGAGCAGCCACUUUUUGUACGACAUGGCAAGCAUCGCAAGUCAUGACGACAGAGAGCACAGGAGGAUGGUAACAGCAGAGAUCAAGAGGGACAAGAGUCAUCUCGACAGGAAAGAGAGGAAACAUUUUCUAAGGGUCAAACUGAAGAAGAAGAAGAAAAAAAAGAAGAAGAAAAAGAUGAGUCAAUCAGAUGUUUGCAGUAGCGACAACGAAGGCUUGGCCUUGUCUCCCGUCACAUUCAAACUUGGCGAGGAUUAUCCCAGCACGCGCACAAUGGACGAUGGCAGCGACUGGUCGACGCUGACGGCAGAGAGCGGCGAAGACGCGCCCUCCUGGUCACUCACCGCUGGGGCGGAGGACUGCGAGGUGGUGAGGUGUGUGUGCGAGGUGGACGAGGAGAACGACUUCAUGAUUCAGUGCGAGUCGUGUUUGUGUUGGCAGCACGGCACCUGUAUGGGCUUGUACGAGAACAACGUCCCUCGCAACUACACUUGCUACUAUUGCAGACACUGCACAGGUUGGAAGCGGGCUCAGUGCUACUUGUCCGAGCCCGACCUUCUAACGUCCGGACGCAUGUUCGGCCUGUCUUUCGUGAGGGACAACUAUUCGGAGAGCAACACCUCCAAGAUCACACAAACCAGCGGCCUCCUGGCGCACACACACAACCUCAAUCAGGUCCUCAGCGGCCUGCAGCUGAAGAUUAGCCUUUUGCGGACGCCGUCGCACCCUGACCUGCAGCUGUGGCGAUUGCCAUGGACGCCGGAGGAGGGGCACAAGCCGAGAGGAGAAGCCCCGGUCAGUUAUGUCAGCAGCGAGCACUGCUACCAGAAGCCUGGUUCGUUGUGGGAAAAGGUGGAGGAGAGGCCAAAAGCCACUGUGAAACAAGAAACACCCAAUGAGGAGGAUAAGGAAAUAAAGGAGGAAGACGAUGAUGAUGAUGAUGAUGAAAGCAAUUGGCCAGGGUGUGCUCAAAGCACAAAGCGCACGUGCCCGAAUGGAGAUGAAGGCCAUGCACGCUCUCACCUGGCAACCUCGGUGUCCUCGCCGGCUUCUGUGACGGAGUGCCAGCAGAAUCUGCUGGAGCAUGUGGAGCGUUUACACCAGCAGAUCAUCACCAGGAUGGACGUCAUCGAGAAGGACUUGGACAUUUUGGAGUCUUGGUUGGACCAUUCCGGCGAGCUGGAGCCUCCCGAGCCGCUGUCUCGCCUGCCACAACUCAAACAGCGGAUCAAGCGCCUGCUGUACGACCUGUCCGUCGUGAGGCGGCUGUCUGUGCGACAGUGGCACUCCAGCUAACAAUGUUUGAACCGGGUAGCACAUUGGACAAAUCAUGCACUUAAGCGCUUGUUUGCAGCGCACUCCAACUACACAGAGACAGACGUAUUCCUCGUUCAGGAGCUAACGAACUUCACCGUGUACACGACGUCAAGGCGCACACUUUUGCAUGAUUCUUUUACCAGCGUUCUGAUAUUACUUUGUAUAUUCUUGUUCUAUUUAAUUUGUUUGAAAAACAACUAGGUUCUAGAUGAAAAAAAUGAAUUCAGUCAAAGGGUAAUUUUGACUCAUGCAUGUGUGCAUAAUUAGUUGUACACCAUUUGGACAAAAGUAUUGGCACACCACCUGGCUCUCUACUGCUGGGCAAAUGUUGAGCCUGAAUCUUGUUACCAUAACAACCAUUGGGCUGGAUCUUAGUUUGACUCUUCUUCCGCAUCACUCAGCGGCGAAUGUUGACGGUACCAGCUUCUUACUUCUAGUAGAAGCGUAGCCCAGAGUUUGAAACACAAACGAGCGUCCAAAUCAAUGAAAGAUAUUUUUUGGGUGACAGUUAAGACACCAAAGAGGUAUUUGGUUGUUUAAUUUCACAUUUUGAGUCCGUAGGCACUCCAGACAUACAACUAUUUGUAUACAGCACAUUAACUCACUUUUCACUUGCAAGUGUUCCAAAAUCUAUGUCCGUGUGGAGGGGGGAAAUUGGCUCACUGAUUGGUUGCGUCGUCCUGCACACACAAAGCAAGCAAAAGAUUUUUUAUUCUUCUAUGAGAAAAUGAACAGUAUGAAGUUGUAGUUUUGAUGGUGUUCAAGUCAAAUAAUGUCGCUCAAAUACU